CCGACAUAGAAAGACGAAAUACAUGCUGUCCAAUAUCCGAAGGAUUGGAUGAAAAUCGUCCGAAAAGCUGUCACGAUGGAAUAAGGGAGGAUCCUGUGAAUAAAUAAGCCCCAAAGUGGCCGGAUAGGGUUUAUGACACCUUGCGCGAUUGUAAACACCCCUCUGUUGGACGUUUGAAGCAUGUGGCUCACGUCUGGCUGGAAGAAGUUGAGCAGCAGAGAGAGCUUGGAAGGAUGCAGGGAAGAUGGCGAUGAAUGUAAAGAACAGAGAUGCUUUUUAUUCAAGUGCUGACUAUUGCAAUAUCUACAGCUCUCAGCCUGUAAACUAUGGAGAUUGCAGUCAUUAUUUCCCCCGGAUGACAGGUCCAGACCCGGUUCUGAAGCCACCUCUUAGUUUGAUGUGUCAUCAGCCACCUCAGCCCUUCCAGGCCAUGACCCCAACUCAGAACCUCAGACCUCCACCUGUGAUGAUGUCGCAGGACCCCUUGCAAUUCCCGCACUGCACUCCUCUAGCCUUAAAGCCGUCCCCUCACCUCCAGAUGCCGCCCAACCCCCCCAUCCCAGCACCUCCUGUCCUCAGUCCAAAGCCCCCUGAGGAAGAUGGUCAGGCGGUGGCCGCUGACCAGGAAGCCACUCUGGAAGAGCUUUGCAAGCCUUUGUACUGUAAGCUUUGUAACGUCACUCUCAACUCUGCCCAACAGGCUCAGGCACAUUAUCAGGGCAAAAACCACAGUAAGAAGCUGCGCAAUUUUUAUGCUGGUAGCCAGCAGCCACCUCCCAUUCGAAUACUAGAGGUAGUAGAGCCUGUUUCCCAGCAACCCUCAGCCACUCCACCCACAGAUUCUGCAAAUGUGACUUCCAACCAGCCACUUUCUAAGGGUGCUAGCAGAGUCAUACUGGCCACGGAAAACGACUACUGCAAGCUGUGCGACGCUUCCUUCAGCUCCCCCGCUGUGGCCCAGGCGCACUAUCAGGGCAAAAACCACGCCAAAAGACUGCGGCUGGCUGAAGCGCAGCAGAACACCACGUCCUCAGACUUGUCCGACACUCAGAGACGGCCCCGGAAAGAAGGGUACGAGUACAGAUUAAUGAAGAACCGCAGGGCUCAUAUCAACACUGCCAUGCCAGGCCCUUACUACAACCCACGGCCGAGGCAGCGAAUCCCACGAGACCUCGCAAUGUGCGUCACACCCAGCGGGCAGUUCUACUGCUCAAUGUGUAACUCGGGUGCCAGCGAGGAAGCCGAGUUUCGUCUUCACCUGGAGAGCAAGCAGCACAAAAGCCGAGUGUCCGAGCAACGCUACCGUAGUGAGAUGGAGAAUCUGGGAUACACUUAAGAGGCAUCCAUCGAGUAAUUCCCAGAUCCUGAGGAAAUAAUCUUGCAAUUCUUCAAGUAGCCACUGCUGUUUUAAAAUGGAAUAUGGCUUUUUUUUAUGCUUUGUUAUCCUAGAUGCAAUUUAUG